ACCAGCAGGAGCACACGGCGAGGAUGGAGCCGGCCAAGCCGCCCCCCAGCAAGAGGAUGGCUCCCGCGCCCCCCGUCCCUGCCAAAACCAAGCCGGCCCUGGGGCUGCCGAGCAAGCCCAGCGGCCCCCAGCCUGGCACCUCGGCCGAAAUGGAGCGGGACAGAGCUGGAGACCCAGACACCGAUGGCUUCAGUGCCCUGCAGGUGACCACGGCCAAGCUGAGCCACCCCACGGCCACGCGCCCCCGGGUGCCAGGCCGGCGGCCGCCCAGUAUGGCCGGGGGGGGCUUGGGGCCACCUUGCGCUGAGCUCUGCCCCCAUCUCCCCGCCACGGGGCAGGGCCCGGAGCAGCGGCUGGCCCUGGAGGACCUGAAGGCCGAGGUCCGGUCCCUGCACAUCCUCGUGGACCUGAUGCGAGGCCAGCACCUGAGGGACCUGGAGGACGUGAGGCUGGAGCUGCAGCACGAGCGGACCAAGCGCGAGGCGCUGCAGGCGGAGAUCGAGCGGGUGAGGAAGGCGCUGCCCUGCUAG